GCUGUGCGCUCGCACCAUGUCCGUUCUGCAGAUCGCGGUCCUGGCGUGCGCCGUGGCGGUCGCCAGCGCCGGGUUCUACCCCAGCGCCGCCGUCGCACUCACGGCGGCCAGCCUGCAGCAACAGCAGCAGCAGUCUCAGCUGCAGCAGCAGCGCGCACUGGCCGCCGGGGGCGGCGGGGGUGCCUCGUCUGGCGGCGGUGGCGGCGGAGGCGGCGGAAGCGGCGCCGGCGGUGCCGACGGCUCCGGUGCUGCGGGAGGCGGCCAACAGCAGCAGCAGCAGCAAGGCGGGGGCGGCGGCAGCGGGGGCGGCGGCAGCGGGGGCGGCGGCGCGCCGGGGCAGACGCUGACGUACUACACGGCGGGCCCGGUGACGUACCAGCCCGCGGGCCCGCCGGCCGCCAUCGCGUACCACCCGGCGGCGCCGCUGGCGUACGCGGCGCCCGCGGCCGCGGUGGCCGUGCACCCUGCGGGCGGCGCCGUCGCCUACCCCGUGGCCGCCUACCACCCCGCCUACCCCGCGCUCACCAAGGAGGGCGUCGCCUUCCACCCGGGCGCGCCGCUCGCGCUGCACCCCGCGGCGCCAGUCGCCUUCCACGCGGCGACGCCGCUGCUGUACCACGUGCCCGCCUCGGCGCACGCGCAGAACGCCGGCUCUUCCCCCGGCAAGGCCGACGGCGGUGGCGGCGACGGUGGCUCCUCCUCCUCGCACUUCACCUUCGACGGCCUCGGGUACAACUACUCCUACUAGGCGCCGCCGGUCGACGCCACAGCUGCCUCCUCUCAACUUCGCUCCCUAUUUAUUUGUCCCUCUAUGCCUUCCGCACUCUGCACGUCACCGACGAGUAUUUACAUCGCUCACUACCAUUCUGAACAAACUACCCCCUAUGUCCUGCUUCAGCGUCACUCAUUUAUUAGCUGCCUCUGUACUGUUCUCUCCCGCUAAUAAAAUGCUUUAUACACAGAAA